GUGUACUCGGUCACGGGGAAUCCGUGGGAGCGCAAACUCCGCCCACGCCAUGAUCAUCUCCAGCGGUGAGAGCGUGGGGGGGGGGGGGUUGCCUCGCGCGCGGAGCUCGGGCUGCAGUGAACACGCCGCUACAGAGCUGCUCUUGACCAUGUAACAGGACUGCAGUUCACGGGAUACUGACGAGCGAGCGCUGCGGCAGGCAUUCAGCAGGUGAAAAGGUUAUCAAUGCACUGACCAAUAGGAUCACAUUUGUCAAGAGAUGAAUGUUAUUGUCUGAAGAUCCGGGCAGAUGACCUUUUUGGGGAUGUGAAGAUAAACUGAAGCAAUCCUUCAUUCUGACUGAGGAUUCCAGCUGCAUUCAUGAAGCAUAAUUGUUAGUGGUUUGUGGCCAGUUUGAUUGGCUGAGUCUUCCUGGAGCUCUGUGAGCAGUUCUUUAAAUAGUCAUGGCGAAGACAACCGAUUCUCUUAAUCUGUCCUUCCUCCUGGAGCACGAAAGGCAGAUGAUCCUCAGUGUUCUCCAGAAAGAUGAGAAACUCCGCAAGCGAGAGGAGAAACGCAUCAGGAAACUGAAAAAUGAGCUUCUAGAACUGAAGCGAGCCGGGCGGCGUAGUUCAGCGGAUCAGCGUGAGUGUGCUGUAUGUCUUCGUGCUCUGGGUCUCAUCUUGCAGAGGGGUAAUGUGUGCACUAACUGUCAUCGGCGCGUCUGCAACUUCUGCACUGCUACACCUUUAGACAGCAACUGCAGAUGCACUGUGUGUGCGAAGACUGCGGAGCUGAAGGUGGUUACAGGAGAAUGGUUUCUGGAAGAGAGAUCCAAGAGAUUCCAACGAGUCAGCAUUACCAGCAGUGAUGUAGUCAAACAGUCCAUCCUCAGUAGUCCUCCAGGCUCGGCUCACAGAUCAUCAGAGAUGGAGAGAUCGUCCACGCCACAGCCUGAGAGAUCAGCUACACCCCAAUCCCAGAAAAGCACAGGGAAGAACAGGAAAGGGAAGAGAGCGGUUGCAGUGGAAUCAUCAGGGUUACCAACAGUACCCAAUAACAUGAGAGCACAAAUGGUGAAAACACAGACUCAGAUGGAGACAAGAAACAGGCCGGAUGGGGCAGAGAGCGUGUCUAGUAUACAAAGCAGUGACAGCGUUACUGAAAAGAUGGCAGAUGGGCGGAGACAAAUGGAUUCUAGCACACCCUCUAUUGCCGUAUCCAGAGCCUCCCUCUCAUCAGAUCGCAGUCGCUCUGAGUUGGACCUCAGUAAUCCCGGUGAGGGGCUCAGUGAAGACCCUCUGAUUAGUCGAUGUCACUCAGUCCCAGGCCUGAACGAUGUGGACUCGGAUGAGGACAUUGAUGCAGUGUUAUCAGCACACUAUAAAACCAACCGGAGCGUCUGCAGCGCGCAAUCAAUGUCUUCUACACCUGCCUCGGAGAGAAAGUGGGGUUUCCUUAAUGUACCUGACUCAGAUGCUGACACUACCAGCAUCAACAGUUUGAUGAGCGUGUACAGUGAGACGGGGGACUAUGGCAACGUGCGGGUUUCCGGGGAGAUCCUGCUCAACAUCUCUUACAGCUAUAAAACAGGGGCACUCAACGUGCUCGUCCGCGAGUGCCGCUGCCUAGCAACCGGGGAUGAGAGGAGACAGCGCACGGAUGCCUAUGUUAAAACGUAUCUCCUGCCAGACAAGUCCCGUCAAAGCAAAAGGAAAACCAGCAUCAAAAGCAGCACCACUAACCCAGUGUUCAAUGAAAACCUGAGGUACGUGGUCAGUCACUCUCAGCUGGAGACGCGCACACUGCAGGUUUCUGUCUGGCAUCAUGAUCGUUUUGGACACAACAGCUUCCUGGGGGAGACGGAGCUGACCUUUGACUCCUGGCAGUUUGACACGCAGAUAGAGGAGUGGUUCGCUCUGCAGCCCAGGAAUGAGUCUUAUGUGGACUCAGUGAUGCACUACAAAGGAGAAGUGACUGUGGUUUUGAAGUACAUUCCUGCAGAGAGAAAUGUCUCCCUGCCUCUGGACCAAGUGCAAGUGAAAAAAGGAUUUCUGAAAGGAAAGAAGACCAUCACUCUUCCUAAAGGAGGAAUGGUGGAGCUGCUGGUUAAGGAGGCAAAAAACCUGACAGCAGUCAAAGGAGGGUCCUCUGACCCGUUUGUUAAAGGAUACCUGCUGCCUGAUGACAAGAAAAGCACGAAGCACAAGACCGCUGUGGUGAAGCGCACCGUAAACCCACGCUGGAAUCACACUUUCACAUACUGCGGCCUGCAGGACAGCGAUCUGGACAGCGUGUGUCUGGAGCUGACAGUGUGGGACAGAGAGCCCUUCGCCAGUAACGCCUUCCUGGGAGGUGUGCGGCUCGGGGCAGGGACAGGUCUGAGUUAUGGGAAGGAAGUAGAUUGGAAUGAUGCCUACGGGGAAGAGCAGCGGCUAUGGCAACGCAUGAUUGACAACCCUGAGGUCCCGCAAGAGUGCACCCUGAUGCUGCGGUCCAGCAUGGCCAAGAGGAAGACAUAGAGAAAAAAGGGAGUGUUUUCCUCAUCACAUCCGGUCACCUCUAGACACUUUAAAGUGCUCUUUAUGUUCUUUGGCAGUACUCAUACGCACUCUAAAUUCUCAAGAUAAUUACAUGUACACACAUAUGCGCCAUGAAGGUCCUAUUUACACCUGGUAAUAAGAUCCAUCUUGACUGAGACAGAUUGGCAUUUCAGAUUUCAAAGGAAAGAAACUCCGAUAUUAUGUCUACAUGCAUCUUUUAUGUCAGUGCAGUACUGCAUGUUGUUAGAGCACAAAAAAGUUAAAAAGAAAUCAUACAA